CUCCGGCCGCAGGGGGCGCGAUUCCGCUGUGCUCGUGCUGCGGGGUCAGGGGUUGAGAGACGCCGGUGUGUCAGUGAGAGGACACUUGUGCAAAAACUGAAGUUAUACUUUAGUUACGUGCUGUUCUUGCCAAACUGUUAAAUUUCCUGUAUCUAUUGGACCUUGGAUGAACACGCUACGUUCGGCGGCUGACGCCAGCUGAGGCGUGAUGCCCCCAGAACUGCCCCUAAUGCGCCAUGCCCCCUGGAGACAGCGGGCAGACUCACACCCCGAGGAUACACUACACACCGGUUUAAUACUGGACAUGAUAAGGGGCUUCUUCCACAGAGAGAGGCCGGUUUCCUUCUGCCUCCCCCUCCCUAGGGUCCAUGCAGCUGAUGGAGAGGCUGCACAGUCUGCACAGUUUGCACAGAUGCCCUCCCAUAGCUCUGCAUCUGUGAAUGGGACCUUGCCAGCCGUCCUGGGGAAGCCAGAGUUUCCUGACACUGGAUGGGACCGUAUAAAGGACCUUUUUGAAAGACAUCCCACACAGAAGUAUUCAGAAGAGCUCACCAAUGUGCUUAAAAGUGGGUUGGUUGCGGCAGUUGCUGGUCUUUUCUAUGGUGGUCUGCCUGCGGCCCGAGAAGCCAGAAAACGCUACAUCCAAAUGAGUCAGGCUGAGAUCUACACAGGCCGAGUCGAUGCAGUGCGCUCGGCUCAUAAUGCUGCCAUCCGAGGCUUUGUGAGGUACGGCUGGAGAUGGAGCUGGAGGGUGGCUGCUUUUGUUACUUUGUUUAACACUGUGAGCACCGGCCUGUCUGUGUACAGAGACAAGUCUAAACUCAGCCACUACGCAGCAGCUGGAGCUGUGACUGGAGGCCUGUUCAGACUGAACCUGGGUCUGGGGGGACUGGUGGCAGGAUCAAUCAUUGGCGCUGUCCUGGGGUACGGCUGGCUUCUUUCACUGAAAGCCCCUGCUGGUUUGAUGAUCAUCAGCAUGCAGUCUCUGUCCGGAGAAACUGUUCGUGAGAGGAGACAAAGGGAGCGCAGAGAGCUAUAUGAGCUAAAACUAGCAGAAUGGGAGGCCCGGCUGCAGCUGACUGAUGAUCUGAUUGGAGAUCUUAAUGUAAGCUCAAACACGGAUGAAGCCACCAAAGACCUGCAAAGGAUCGAGGAGUUGCUCAGUUCACCACCAAAUAAAACCACAUCCAGCAACCAAACCGGUGUGUUGGAUAAUCAGACUCCACACAGCUGAGAGGACCAACAUGUUUCACAGGUUUCACUGGACUAAUGGAACACAGACCUUUUAAGGUGUGAGUGUGCACCUUGUGGACGCAACGGGAACCCCAUCUGAUGUGAUCAUUGUCAAACUCCAUCCACUUUUAAAUCAAACAAAACCUUAAUGUCAAAUACUACAUCUUCAUUGUGGUGGUUAAAGAACUCUCGCUCUGGAUAUUUUGAGUUGUGAAAUAAAUUCAAUGUUUGACAGUUGACUAUAGUAGCUGACGGUACACCUCAUUUUUAACCAUAUGUUGCUAAUAAGUAGUUAAAUUUCAAAGCACUGAACGUGUUGCUUUUUCUGUUGUGACUUUGCCUCUUGGGCUUUUCAACAACUAGGUCAGUCAUGGCUGUGGCCCCUGGUGUAAACAAGAUGUGACAGAGCAGCAGCUGUUGCCUGGGACGCAACCAUGGUGAUGACGAGCGCCACAACAAUGCCAGACAAUCAAUAAUCAGGUGCCUAUGGAAAUAAGUCAAUCAAUAAAGCUUUUCAGCCAAAAAAUA